AUGCAUAGGGCCUUUUGGAGACUUUGCGAAAGCAAUGUAAGGCCAGAUAAGGGCGCCAGAGCCUAUAUCACCGGCCCAACCUCGUCGACGUUACCAAUUUCGCGGCAGAUUCAGAAUUCUCAACGGAGUGGAACUCCCGCUUGCAGACUCCUCAACAAGUCUAUUUAUUCGCCUGGGGCCAUCCUAAGGGCUCCAUCAUGUCGUAUUGGUCUUUAUUCCAACCCAUAUCUUUCCACCAACACGAGGGGGAUAUCCUGGCUGGCCAAGGGAAAGCGGACACCAACCGAAGACGACGCACAAGAAGACCAGGAGGACGCGACGAGAGCUGCAAUACUGGACAAGGUCAUGAAGGGUCGACAGCCGGCAGAGCUCAUGCUUCGCUGCAAUGUCAAGACAAUAUCGGGCCAAUUCAAGAAGUCCGACAUCUGUGCAGAACACCGUUUGCACAAGCCUCAUGUCGAUGACAGACUCGUGACCUUCGGAAAAUCGAUUCGAGGGUACCAAAUCUGGUCCCUACUAUUCUUGUUCGGAAAGAAGCCAUUCUGGUCAGUGCCACUUUAUGUCCAGUGUAAGGCGCAUAAUUUGAAAGCCAAGGGCUCUGGCUUGCCUUAUGAGUUCAGAGCAAUAGAGUCCAUCAUGCUCUCCGUCCUCAGCGCGCUGGAAGCGGAGAUGGUGUUCAUCAGAAACCUUGUCGGCGGGCUGCUGGCUGAAAUGGAGGACAACAUCGACCGUGACCGGUUCAAACGGCUUCUCCAUUAUUCUCGUCGAUUAGUUGAAGAGGCAAUCGAUGAAAUUUUAACUCAAGAUGAGGACAUGAACGCUAUGCACCUCACUGACAAGAAGAACGGUGUCACACGAGCGGUUAAUGACCACGAGGACCUCGAGACUCUUCUUGAAUCAUUCUCGAAGCAGGUAGAGGAAAUCGUAAACGAGGCAGAGACUAUAGAAGUAAGGGAACCUCUCGGUCCUACGGUACAAAUACUGAUGAAUGCUACCCCAGGCGAACGUUCAAUCGACUCAAGAAAUACUACCUUAGGAAUCGGUACUGGCGCACUCGUGGCCGGUUUAUUCGGAAUGAACGUACGUGAUGCUGGCGCUCCCGUUUAUCGAGAAGUUGAUCUCGAUUGGCAGUUGACGAGUCACCUGGAGGAACACCCCUACGCAUUCUUCAUCUUUUCAGGAGUGUCCGUCGGAGUUACUGCUUUUGUGGCCGCUUUAGGACUGCGAACCUCGGCCUACGAGGAAACCGUACCUCCCUCUCCCCCUCCGCAAACGAGAUACGGGAGGGUGGUCUUGACCGAUUAA